AUGGAGUCCCAAGCCGAUCCCAGUGAUCCCCUUGCAAUUUCCAGUGAAGAUUAUCUAUUCGAUUUAGAUAUGCCUUGUGAUUUAAUGUCUGAAUGGGACAUCCAACAAGCUCGUGAACAGCCUAUCGCUGUCAUUGGGGUCAAAGAUGUUCAAUUAUCUGCCCCUGUUGGAGCCAGCGCAUGGGGAUGGAACGGAGUCAUGGCUGAAUGUCCAAUCCAACCAAUUCUCGUAUCAGUGUCAGUUGCUCUGCGACGAAAUUUCAAAACGGCAUCUGAAGAUGAUGACCUUACGGAAGAUACUAUCCAUUAUGGUCGUCUUAGAUCUGCAAUCCUCGAGGCUGUUCACAGAUAUAACACAAAGUUCAAACCAGACAAUGCAGCGGAACUCUCUAUCAAGAAUGUUGUAACACAUCUUAUCAGUGCUCUUACGGUCAGGCAUCACUUGACAAUAGGCAAAAAGGUCAAUUGGUCUUCUGUUAAAGUUAUGCUUCCAAAGUCAUCUUUACAUGGUGCUGGGACCAGUCUCACAAUGCAAACUAUUUACAGGGAAGAAAUGCCGGAAGAUCAGGAUCCGGGUUCCCCGGAGAGUUUUGGCGUUAUAGGACGUAGCGCGAUGGAAGAAUCGUCGUUCCAGACUCUAGAAGCACUUGCAGAGCACAUAGGCAAGCUUCUCAUCAGAUACGUUCUGAUUCCUAAAAUAAUUGGGGUAGUCAGCACAGCAAGUUCCGAAGCUGCCAAUACGUGGGACAGUCUCAGUGAUGACUACAAAAAGGUUCCAUGGGAGGAAACGAAUGUUGGAGAUUUCCGUUCAAUCGUUAAGAUCAAAUUGGAAAAGCCGGGUAUAUACAUGGAUACUAUACCAGGCGUUGAAAUGUCCAUGGACUUCCAGCCACAACCUAACUCGCCAUAUUUUGAUUUGUGGGAAAAUUACAAGAAGUUGAAAACACCCGAACGCUCUUACAACGGUACACUCAAGGACUGGAUUGCGGAGAAUUACCCCGAAGAGCCACUGGCAUACCGUAAGCGAAAAUUAGAAGCCUCCGAAACCGAGCUCGCAAAGUCCAGAAAGAUUACCGAAGAAAUCAAUUCCCAUCCAUCGUCUUCCGAUCCUACAACAUCCUGA